UCUUCGUUCGUCUGGGUUCGCACGCUGCUCAUUUGAAUUGUUCUAUGUUGGUAAUCAUCUCUAACUUUGUGACCAAAUUCAAUCUCUAGUUUGAGUUGAUUAAUAACUUCAUACAUAUAUGGGCAAGAAAAUUUAGGAAUUUACCCAUUAUUUUUAACAGAUCAAUCAAGUAUGCAUGUAAGGUACUGAGGUGAGGCAUAACUAUUGUGGUCUACUGGUCAUUAUAGAUCAACGGCAUGGCUCUACGUAAAGGAAAAAGAAAUUUGAAACUUCAAGUUUCAGAGGAGGCGCCAACCUCAUUAACUCCACCUAGAAACUUGGACAAACGAACAACGAUCACAAUUGACGAUAAAGUAUUCAACAUUGAAGCCGAUGAUCUCGAAGUCUUAUGCGUUCUUGGUCGUGGAGCAUACGGUGUCGUUGAUAAAAUGAAGCAUAAACAGAGCGGUACUAUAAUGGCUGUAAAGAGAAUAACAGCGACGGUGAAUACGCAGGAGCAAAAAAGAUUGCUUAUGGAUUUAGAUGUUUCAAUGCGAAGCUCUGCCUGUCCGUACACAGUACAAUUUUAUGGUGCAUUAUUUAGGGAGGGAGAUGUCUGGAUAUGUAUGGAAGUUAUGGAUAUGAGCUUAGACAAGUUUUAUAUGAAAGUUUAUGAACAUGGCCGGUCAAUUCCAGAAGACAUCCUUGGAAAAAUUGCCUUUGCUGUAGUUAGCGCGCUUCACUAUCUUUAUUCUCAAUUGCGAGUUAUACAUAGGGACGUCAAACCUAGUAAUAUUCUGAUAAAUCAAAAAGGAGAAGUAAAAAUCUGUGAUUUUGGAAUAUCAGGUUACCUUGUGGAUUCAGUCGCUAAAACCAUAGAUGCCGGCUGCAAACCAUAUAUGGCGCCAGAAAGGAUAGACCCUACAGGUAAUCCCUCUCAGUACGAUAUCCGUUCGGAUGUCUGGUCAUUAGGAAUUUCUCUCGUUGAGUUAGCAACUGGCAAAUUUCCUUACGCUUCUUGGGGUACUCCGUUUGAACAACUGAAGCAAGUCGUUAAGGAUGACGCUCCAAAACUUCCUUCGGGUAAAUUUUCGUCAGAUUUUGAGGAAUUCAUCAACAAAUGCCUAAUGAAGGACUACACCGCAAGACCUAAUUAUAAUCAAUUGUUGGAGUUCAGUUUUGUAACUGUACAUGCUGCAAAGGAUACAGAUGUGGCAGCAUUUGUCGAAGACAUAUUGAGCUUGAGUGAUGUGGACAGACCUGUAAAAUAGAGAGCAAUAUUCUGUGCUUUUCACAAAUCGAUAUACCUUCUAUCGCUGGUGUAUCUUUAUAUUGGAUUGUUAAUAAUAGUUCAUCUAAUUUACGCAGUUUCAUGUGAGUGUGGUGUGCAUUCAUGAUGUAGUAAGCAUAGUAAAAUUCUAUUGGUUUGCAGUGAUGACGUUGAUCAAAUUUCAGCAUACCUGUAGCUAAACGUUAAUUAAUACCUCCUAUAUAAUCAGGAAACAAUUAGACGGUUUUGUAAAUAGAAGGAAAGGAAGAAAAAAAAUUAAUUGCUUCCAUCAAUUAUUUAUAACAAAUUCUUAUGACAUCAAUUUCAUUUUAAUACCCCUUGAAAAUCAAAAACUAUUUCGGUUUAGGUUGUUGUACAAUGAAUGUUAUUAUACCACUGAUAAUCGAAGAUGGAUUUUCUUGCUCGAAUUAUUAUUUUGUAAUUCGCAAACCUUAGAUCAAAUAUUGACCGAAAUUUACGAUGAAGAACUCGUUCGUAGUUUUUUUCGCUUUCGUGUUAUGUUGUUCCGGACUGAAAUUUU